UGCAUAUGUUAUGUUUCUGGAAGGGAUCAUCAAUGCUUAUUUUUCCCACUAGGACAAGGUCAUUUGGGGGAGUGUUCAUACUGGUAUUACGAAAAGGCACUAGAUAACAAGAUAACAUUGUUCCUGCACUAAAAGGAGGAAGGGCAUGUGAAAGUUGCUUAGUUCUUCACUCAGAGCUCCAUAAAGACAGCAUGGAGAUUGGUACUGCGAUUUUGAUCAUUGGUUUUGCUGCACUGGCCUUCAUCUUGCUGUUAAUUGGUUUGGUGUAUUCUGAAGUAAUGAACUCUGAGAUUCCUCCUGGAAUUGCUAAUAGUGGAAAACUACACACUGUGCACGGAUUUCUUGUAGGAAUAGCAGUUUUGGGCCAAAUCCUGGCGCGUCUGGGUCUCUGUAGUUCGGUAGGUUUUACUCGAUGGUGUAGGGAACGUGCUGUCGGCAAACCUCAGCCGAUCUCUCCUGGUCUUCGUAUUAAAGACAUGAUGUUCGGCGGUGUGCCUGUGAGAGUGUAUGAGCCCACAGCUCCCUCAGACCAGAAGAGGAGAGGAAUGAUGUAUUUUCACGGAGGAGGAUGGAUGAUGGGCAGUAUAAAUAUGUAUGAUGACGUUUGCCAACACAUUGCAAACGAGAGCAACAUCACAGUCGUGUCUGUUGGUUACAGACUUGCUCCUGAGCACAGGUUCCCUGCUCACCUGGACGACUGUGAGGCCGCCACCCUGCACUUCUUCUCAGUGGCAGAGGCUGAGUUUGGGGUGGAUCCUCACAGGGUGGUGCUGGGUGGAGACAGCGCUGGGGGAAACCUGUCAGCAGCUCUCAGCCAGAGACUGGCGAAAAAACGGACUGGAGACGUGCCAUCCCCUCUCGCUCUGGUCCUCAUCUACCCCGCCCUGCAAAUGGCAGAUUUUACCCUGCCGUCCUACCUGCAGAACCAAUCUGUGCCCCUGCUGUAUCGGGACAAGGCUGCCUACUACUUCCUCCAGUAUCUGAAUGGAGACAUGUCUGUGUGCCAGGAGGUUCUGGCAGGGAGGCACGUUCCAGCCGAGCUAAAGGCCCACUACAGCAAGUGGCUCGACCCGGCUAAUCUACCUCCUGAAUUCAGAGAGAGAAGCUACCAAAAACCUGAGCAGGAGGACACAGCUCAUGAUGGUGAAGUAUACCAUGUCAUCAAAGAUGGACUACAGUCAGAAUUCUCUCCUUUGUUGGCUGAGGAUGAUGUUCUUCGUCUCACCCCGUCCACCUUUAUCCUGACCUGUGAGUACGACGUGCUGAGAGACGAUGGGAUCCUGUUCCACAAGAGGCUUAAGGACCUUGGCGUGGACGUCACCUGGCACCACGUCUCUGACGGCUUCCAUGGCAUAGUUAGCUUCUUCAACAUGGGCUGGCUGACUUUUCCUGCUGGAAAGAGGGCAAUGAAUCAGAUUGUGAGCUACAUAAAGACACUCUGAACACAAGCACUACUGUGAAUAAUGAGUAAACUUAGGUGCAGUUCACUCAGGUGUGAACCAAAGCAACCACACCUGAGACCACAUUUACUCAGUCCCAAAUCAAAUGGUUUUGUUCGUGGAGAACAUGAUCAGAACUUGAUCUGACCCGACUGUCCAAUAUACUGCUCAUGAUUGAGUUAAACGGCUCUUCAGGUGCACUUGCUGCUCACACCAACACAAUAAUAUUCACCGACACGACUGCAUGGAGCCUCACACAAAAAUCACCAAAUAAUCUCUGUCUGUUCUGUGCAUCUCUUUAAAAACAAAUUCUUUGAAAAGCAAAGCAGCUCAUUUUAUUCAGUGUCAAAACUGCUUUACACUGUACAAAUAUACUAGUGCAUAGGUCGGCAAUAGGCGGCCCGCGGGCCAGAUGCGGCCCGCAAGCAAGAAACAUCUGGCCCGUGAGGUUGAACUAUAAUGAAAAAAAAAAUCGGACUGUCCGUCUCAAAAAUGCUCUUUAUUUAGAAACUUAAUUUUCCAAAACAGAAAAAUUUAUUAAAGAUUUUUUGAUAGAGCCACGGGCUGUUAGAUAACUGCUUGCUUCUUUAUUCUGUUAUUUUUUUAUUUAACAAACAGGUAUAUCAUUAAUAGCGCCCCCAAUGGUCAGUCCACAGAUUUCACCCACAUCAGCCCACUUGAAUGUCUGCUUGUCAUUUUAAGAGCACCCCCCCCCACCCCCCGCCAAGUGCUUGUGGCCCACCAUGUAAUGGCUUGGAAAAAAUCUGGCCCGUGGCCAAACUUAAUUGCCGACCCCUGUACUAGUGCAUCUACAGUGAUCUAUUUUAAGCAUUUAAUUAUUUUGUUGUUGAUGAUUACGUCUUACAGCCAAUGAACACCCAAAAUUAGUGUCUCAGACAAUGUUUAUAUUUGGCAGUGUGGGCAGUGUGCCAAGUCCUGCUGGAAAAUUAAAUACCCAUAUUCUAAACAUUUA